GCGAUUCUAGUCGAGCUAGACUUCCACAUCUUGAGAGAUUCGCCAACCAUAGGACCUCAUUAAAGUUCUAGAGAGACAGUAUUAGAAAGUACCUUGGCCGAGCUAUAGGGCGAACCCGUUAAUAUGGAAGAUGAGGAUAAUCGUAUACACCACCGCCAGAGUUAUAGCUCUUCCAUUGCUCAACAUUCUCCCGUCUAACAUAGCUUUAGGAACCCUACAGCAGGAUGUCCCCAGUCAAACUAUUGGCUAUCCUAGUAGUAUCGUCAGGCGUUUCUAUUCUAAGCCAACGGGCCCUGUCAUUGGCAUUGACGCUCCCAACAAUCAGUCAAACCAGCCAGAAGACAUGAACCAUAGCUCGCUUAUAAGCCCUCGCGGAUUCGAAGGGGCACAUACGGCCACCGCAGACGUCGAUGAGGAGACCAUACACCAGAUGAUCCGCUUCGCCGUCAUUAUCUUCUGCUAUCUCAUGGGUAUUGCUACACUUUCGGUCGUCGUAGCGCCAAAAAGACCUAACGAUGCCCUACCAGCAAUUCAAGGCGACGCCUACCCAAUCACGGUUGCUCAGGUGGCCGUAUCUAUGUUUACCGUGUUCUUUGACAUCGUGCCGACCAAGGAAAACUCGGCUUCACUUCGACGAAAGAUGGCAUCCUGCCACUUGAUCUUAUGAGUGAUUGGCGUCUUUAUGUCAUUCGUGUCUCUCCUCUUGUAUUCAUUUUGGCCGUCGGGCUACUGGGCCGUUGACUUGGCCGCGAUAGUGAGCACGGUGUUCACCGUCCUUGGUGGCUGGCAGUCUUGGGAGAAUAGCAGGAAGAAAACGGCGACGCCGUGGGUUGACGACGUUGAGCUGGCCUCAGUCACGAGGCCAGUCAUGCGUGGAGAAAACGACGACGCUGUUGCGCUAGAAGCGGACGGCUAAUUGCUAAAGAGACUCUGCUAUGCGUACAAUUAGUGGCGUGCUGGCUGCCUUCUCUCACGUUGAACUUUUUUGUGGUGCUCCCUAGUAUAUCGAAACUUAUCCUUCUUACGAGCUAGACCAUUAAAAUGGUUCAAAUUGCUAUUUCCUUGUAGAUGAGAAAUUGCAACGAA